AUGUCAUCAGAUGCACAAGCCUUUACGAAAAAUAAUAAUGUAACUGUCAAAAGAGGAAAGUCGCUUGUACGACCUGAAAGAGAAAGGGUAAAUCCAAACCAUAGACAAUACCACUAUAGACAAGCAGCAAGCAAUGCUGCUCCAGAAACAAUCCAACCCAGUCGAACGGGCAAUCUACCGCAAGGCUUAGUCAGUAGAUCCGGAACAGUCACCGUAAGACGCGGCAAAAGCGUCCUCGGCCGUGAAGAAAAGGAAGACGCUGAUUCAUUUGUUUAUACUCCUGAGGAAAAAAAGCACGGUUGGUUUUCUGGAUUACCUGGUCCUUGGAUGACAUAUUGUUACAUAUUGACUUGCUGUAUACCACCUCAACUUUUAAGUUUAGCCGGCAUCCCAAGAGGUCCUGCACAAACCGCUUGGAGAGAAAAGAUUGGACUUGUAGGUGUUAUUGUUUGCAUCAUGGCUGCUGUCGGUUUCUUGACGUUUGGUUUUACACAAGCAACCUGUCCUCCAUCAGGCAUUUCCAUUCAUGGUAAUGCUGUCACCCCAGGAUACUUGGUUAUCAGAGGCUGGGCUUAUAUGCUGGCCGAUUGGGAUGGUCAUCCAAGCUCGAACGGGACGACCAACGUGCUCUAUCCUCCCAUGAAUGGGGCUGGUAUGGAUGCCACCUUACUCUUUCCUCAACGUUAUCCUGAAUGCGACAAUGUGUUUGUACCUCUGAAAGGAGAACAGCCCAACUACUUUCCUUGUCAACUCUUCAAUCCAAAUACAACUGAUAUCCCUGAUGUCGCUCAAUAUACCAACAGAACCUAUUGCCAUACCUCUUCUUCAGCCACUAAUUUACUAAAUCAAUUUACAACAGAAGGCGUUCCAAACAAAAAGGGUCAAUACGAUAAAGUAUCACGCGUAUAUUAUAAUUAUGAGGAUAUCAAUGCAACAAAUCAUCUCAUGGUGUAUAACAACAACGUUCUCAAUCUUAACUUACUAAAGGCCCUACCCCGUGAUUACUUCAAGCCGCCUGAGAAUGGUCUUAUUCUCAACAUCCUCGACAACAUGGACGAGUUUGGUGGAAAAGACUUGACAUACACGAUUCAAUCUUAUCGAGCACCUGGAAUAAGAUGGCAGGACGAAGCGGAAUGUCUUGUCAAGACGAUCCGUGUGGGACAAGUAGAUACAAUGUCUGUAGGCUGCAUGAUUUCAGAAAUCGUGCUCUACGUUUCUCUUGUCGUCAUUCUCGCCGUCAUUGGUGCCAAAUUCAUCCUGGCCGUCAUCUUUGGUUGGUUUCUGUCAUGGAAACUUGGUAACUUUAAAGAAGAGAAAUCAUACGCUGCCAGAAUGAGACGUGAGGAAGAAAUUGAGAAUUGGGCAAGAAACCUUGAUACGAAUGGCCCUGUCACCCACGUACCUCCUCCCCCACCUCCUCCACAACAUCAUAAACACCGCAAGAGUUUCUUUCCUGUCACCUCUCGAUUUACACCUGUGGAACAUGGCUCGACUCGUUUUGAUUCAGAAAAACCACCGAUGCCUGCUUGGAAAAAUGCAAGCAGACCCAAUUCGGUUCUGUCGACCAACUUUUCUGGAUUCAAUGCACCUGCCAGUCAACGCUACUCUGCCAUUUCCUUUGGUCACAACAACAUGACGACGCCUUCCUUUUCUUGGGACAGUCGUAGUCAAUAUUCGACGAGCAACACUAGCCAAAGUGGACCUGUAUGUCCCUUUCCUCUGUCUCCCUACGUCGUUCCACAGCCACCAUCCGACUACAUGCCCUUCAAUUACCCUCUAGCCCAUACCAUGUGCCUUGUCACCUGCUACUCUGAAGGCGAAGAAGGUAUCCGUACGACAUUAGAUUCUAUUUGUAUGAGCGACUAUCCCAAAAGUCACACACUUUUGGUAGUUAUUUGUGAUGGUCUGAUCACAGGCAGUGGUGAAUCCCGAUCCACACCCGAUAUUUGUGUUGGCAUGAUGCGUGACUUGAUCGUACCCGUGGACCAAGUAGAAGCUCAGCCUUAUGUGGCCAUCGCAGAUGGGUCUCGACGUAACAACUGUGCCAAAGUGUAUGCAGGAUUUUACAAGUUUGAUGACAAAACGGUGCCUUUGGAACAACAAUCCCGUGUGCCUAUGAUUACGAUUGUCAAGUGUGGUGGACCGGAAGAAGCGAAUGCACCAAAACCUGGUAACCGCGGCAAACGAGACUCUCAAAUCAUCCUGAUGCAAUUUCUUCAGAAAGUCAUGUUCGAUGAACGCAUGACCAUGAUGGAAUAUGAGUUUUUCAAUGCCAUCUGGCGUAUUACAGGCGUGUCUGCAGACCAUUAUGAGAUCUGUCUCAUGGUUGACGCUGAUACCAAAUUAUAUCCUGAUGCACUAUCCCGUAUGAUCUCAGCUGCUGUCAAGGACCCUGAGAUAUCUGGUCUUUGUGGUGAAACCAAGAUUGCGAACAAGACUGAUAGCUGGGUGACAAUGAUCCAAGUAUUUGAAUACUAUAUCUCACAUCACCAGUCAAAAGCGUUUGAAAGUAUCUUUGGUGGUGUCACUUGUCUUCCAGGCUGCUUCUGUAUGUAUCGUAUUAAAGCACCCAAGGGGCCUAAUGGCUACUGGGUACCCAUUUUAGCUAACCCAGAUAUCGUUGAACAUUACUCUGAAAACGUGGUUGACACGUUACACCGUAAGAAUUUGCUCCUGCUAGGUGAAGACCGUUACUUGACAACGCUCAUGCUGCGUACCUUUCCUAAUCGUAAGAUGAUGUUUGUUCCUCAGGCUGUGUGCAAGACAGUUGUGCCCGACACUUUCAAGGUGCUUCUCUCGCAGCGUCGUCGAUGGAUCAAUUCAACAAUUCAUAACCUCUUUGAACUCUUGCUCGUCAAUGACCUCUGUGGUACGUUCUGUUUCUCAAUGCAAUUCGUUGUCUUUAUGGAACUGGUCGGUACCUUGGCUUUACCCGCCGCUAUCAGUUUUACACUCUAUCUUGUUAUAUCUGCCAUUCUUGGUAAACCUGCGAUCUUGCCUCUGAUCUUACUUGCCCUUGUCCUUGGUCUCCCUGCUGUUCUGAUUGGCAUGACAAGCUGUAAACUAGUCUAUGUCGGAUGGAUGCUUAUUUAUCUAAUCAGUCUUAUCAUCUGGAACUUUGUCUUGCCCAUGUACGCCUACUGGCACUUUGAUGAUUUCUCCUGGGGUGACACACGUAAGGUUGAAGGCAUCAAGAAGGAUAAGGGACACGGCGAUGAGGGCGGUGAAUUUGACAGCAGCAUGAUCACGAUGAAGAAAUGGAGCGAGUUCGAAAUGGAUCGACGCACUAAGUUAGCUAAAGAGAACAAUUUGCCUGUCCCACGAUUCGCUCAACGUCAAGCUAAUUUGGAUAUCUUUAAAGAAACCCAAUAUGAUCCAAACCCUCGAAGAUACAGUGAUCUCUCGUCUGAGAGCGGUCGUGUGCCUUUAACUCAAAUGGACUACCAAGGUACAAAUUCGAGUCCCUUGGGCAUCGUCUCGUCCAACCCCGCUCCCAAACGAUUCGAACUACGUGAUGAAGCAGUAGGAAAGUCAACAUUUGAAAUUGAGGAGAUUAUGAAGCCGUCUUUAGAGGAGAAUCACGAGUUGGGCUGGAUCCACAGUCAAGAUAACAAUAGCAAUAAUCAAAACUGGGCAGAUCCUGCACCUCAUCACACGGUUAAAAUGGACGAAACGCCGGCGACUCAUUCAUUACCACGAUUGCCUUCAUCUGAAUCGUCUUUAAAUAAUAAACCAUAA